AUGUCGAAAUUCGGUGUCCGAGUGGACGCAGCGGUGUCUGCGCUCGGCGGCGGCGCCGGCGCAGCUCUUGACGAGAACGACUUUAUCGACGCAUCACGAUUGGUUUACGACGCAGUGCGCGAGAUACGCAGAGCUGUGCUAAUGAACCGGGAUGAAGAAGAAUUGGAUCCUGAAGAUGUGGAAUUAGACGAGCACUACACUCUGGAAACCAGAAGCAAAUGUGAGGGCAACCAUUUGUUGUUUACAACCAUCCUUUGGUUGCCUGUCUGUGUGACCAGCGAUGAUCUGGAUACCGAUACGGAGUUCGAACCUGUUGAGGAUAUGACGAUGGAAACCAGAAGCAGAUCCAGCGCUCACACCGGUGAACAUGGUGUUGAUGAGUAUCCUGAUAUCAGUGGUAUCACCAACGCUAGGGAAGCCAUGCGUAAGAUGACAGAAGAAGAUAAGCGCAAGAUCCUGCAGCAGGUGGAACUGUUCCGCCGCGAGAAGAUGACUUUCGACAAUGAGGUGGCAAAAUGGGACGAUGCUGGCAAUGACAUCAUCAUGCUAGCCAAACACAUGUGCAUGAUUAUGUUGGAAAUGACAGACUUCACCAGGGGUCGCGGUCCUCUUAAGACGACAAUGGAUGUUAUCAACGCAGCUAAAAAGAUCUCAGAAGCUGGCACGAAGCUGGACAAACUUACCAGAGAAAUUGCUGAGCAGUGUCCAGAAUCGUCUACAAAACAAGAUCUACUGGCCUACCUCCAGCGUAUUGCCCUCUACUGUCACCAGAUCCAAAUCACGAGCAAAGUGAAAGCUGACGUCCAGAACAUAUCUGGCGAACUCAUCGUUAGCGGGGCCGACUUCACUAGCAAAGAGAAUGAAGAGUCUCAAAACGUAUCCGGACAACUUGUCGUCAACCGGCUGGAUAGUGCCACGUCUCUGAUACAAGCGGCCAAGAACCUAAUGAAUGCUGUCGUCUUGACUGUUAAAGCGUCAUACGUCGCUUCCACUAAGUAUACUCGACAAGGAACAAUCGCUUCGCCGAUCGUAGUGUGGCGCAUGAAAGCCCCGGAGAAGAAGCCCCUCAUCCGCCCCGAGAAGCCGGAGGAGGUUCGCGCUAAAGUGCGCCGAGGGUCGCAGAAGAAACAGCCCUCGCCCAUACACGCGCUGGCGGAGUUCCAAAGCCCCGCAGAAAGCGUCUAA